CCGCGGCCAUGCAGCGCCGGGGCGCCCUGUUCAGCAUGCCGGGCGGCAGCGGCAGCAGGAAGAUGGCUGCAGGAGACAUCGGCGAGCUUCUGGUGCCCCACAUGCCCACCAUCCGCGUGCCCAGGUCCGGGGACAGGGUCUACAAGAACGAGUGCGCCUUCUCCUACGACUCCCCUAACUCUGAAGGUGGACUCUAUGUAUGCAUGAAUACAUUCUUGGCCUUUGGAAGGGAACAUGUUGAAAGACAUUUUCGAAAAACUGGACAGAGUGUGUACAUGCACCUGAAAAGACAUGUGCGAGAGGUAAGAGGGGCAUCUGGUGGAGCUUUGCCAAAAAGGAGGAAUUCCAAGAUUUUUUUAGAUCUAGAUACUGAUGACGAUUUAAAUAGCGACGAUUAUGAAUAUGAAGAUGAAGCCAAACUUGUAAUAUUCCCAGACCACUAUGAAAUAGCACUACCAAAUAUUGAGGAGUUACCAGCCCUGGUGACAAUUGCCUGUGAUGCAGUUCUCAGCUCAAAAUCUCCAUACAGAAAGCAGGACCCAGACACAUGGGAAAAUGAGUUGCCAGUAUCUAAAUAUGCCAAUAACCUUACCCAGUUGGACAAUGGUGUCAGGAUUCCUCCAAGUGGUUGGAAGUGUGCCAGAUGUGACCUGCGGGAGAACCUCUGGUUGAAUUUGACUGACGGCUCUGUCCUGUGUGGGAAGUGGUUCUUCGACAGCUCUGGGGGUAAUGGGCAUGCGCUGGAGCACUAUAGAGACAUGGGCUACCCUCUAGCCGUGAAGCUGGGAACCAUCACUCCCGAUGGGGCAGAUGUUUAUUCUUUUCAAGAAGAGGAACCUGUUUUGGAUCCUCAUUUGGCCAAACACCUAGCACAUUUUGGAAUUGAUAUGCUUCACAUGCAUGGGACAGAGAAUGGGCUUCGGGACAAUGACAUCAAGCCCAGGGUCAGCGAGUGGGAAGUGAUCCAGGAGUCGGGGACGAAGCUGAAGCCCAUGUAUGGCCCUGGGUACACGGGUCUGAAGAACCUGGGGAACAGCUGCUACCUCAGUUCAGUCAUGCAGGCCAUCUUCAGCAUCCCAGAAUUCCAGAGAGCGUAUGUAGGAAACCUUCCAAGAAUAUUUGACUACUCGCCUUUAGAUCCAACACAAGAUUUCAACACACAGAUGACUAAGUUAGGACAUGGCCUUCUUUCGGGUCAGUAUUCAAAGCCUCCAGUGAAAUCGGAGCUCAUUGAGCAGGUCAUGAAAGAGGAGCACAAGCCUCAACAGAAUGGGAUCUCUCCACGCAUGUUUAAGGCCUUUGUCAGCAAGAGCCACCCAGAGUUCUCCUCCAACAGGCAGCAGGAUGCCCAGGAAUUUUUCUUGCACUUGGUGAAUCUUGUAGAGAGGAACCGCAUCGGCUCAGAAAACCCGAGUGAUGUUUUUCGGUUUUUGGUGGAAGAGCGUAUUCAGUGCUGUCAGACCCGGAAAGUCCGCUACACGGAGAGGGUGGAUUACCUGAUGCAGUUGCCCGUGGCCAUGGAGGCAGCAACCAACAAGGAUGAACUGAUUGCCUAUGAACUAACGAGAAGGGAAGCAGAAGCCAACAGAAGACCCCUUCCCGAGCUGGUGCGAGCCAAGAUACCCUUCAGUGCCUGCCUUCAGGCUUUUUCUGAACCAGAAAAUGUUGAUGAUUUCUGGAGCAGCGCCCUACAAGCAAAGUCUGCCGGUGUGAAAACGUCCCGCUUUGCCUCAUUCCCAGAAUACUUGGUCGUGCAGAUAAAGAAGUUCACUUUUGGUCUUGACUGGGUUCCCAAAAAAUUUGACGUUUCUAUUGACAUGCCAGACCUACUUGAUAUCAGCCACCUCCGAGCCAGGGGGUUACAGCCAGGAGAGGAGGAACUUCCAGACAUCAGUCCCCCCAUAGUCAUUCCUGAUGACUCAAAAGAUCGGCUGAUGAACCAAUUGAUAGACCCCUCUGACAUCGAUGAGUCAUCAGUGAUGCAGCUGGCCGAGAUGGGCUUCCCUCUGGAAGCGUGUCGGAAGGCUGUGUACUUCACGGGAAACAUGGGAGCCGAGGUGGCCUUCAACUGGAUCAUUGUUCACAUGGAAGAGCCAGAUUUUGCUGAACCGCUGACCAUCCCUGGUUAUGGAGGAGCAGCAUCUGCUGGAGCCUCUGUAUUUGGUGCUACUGGAUUGGACAAUCAACCUCCAGAGGAGAUUGUAGCUAUCAUCACCUCCAUGGGAUUCCAGCGAAAUCAGGCUGUGCAGGCGCUACGAGCAACGAAUAAUAACCUGGAAAGAGCACUGGACUGGAUCUUUAGCCACCCUGAGUUCGAAGAAGACAGUGACUUUGUGAUUGAGAUGGAGAAUAAUGCCAAUGCAAACAUUAUUUCUGAGGCCAAACCUGAAGGACCUAGAGUCAAGGAUGGAUCUGGAAUGUACGAAUUAUUUGCAUUCAUCAGUCACAUGGGAACAUCUACAAUGAGUGGCCAUUAUGUUUGCCAUAUAAAGAAGGAAGGAAGAUGGGUGAUCUACAAUGACCACAAAGUUUGUGCCUCAGAAAGGCCCCCAAAAGACCUGGGCUACCUGUACUUUUACCGCAGGAUACCAAGCUAAACCUCACACAUACGGAUUGGCGAGAAGAAGCCAUAACGCCUUUUUAAUUUGCCAAAAAAACAAAAAAACAACAAAAAAAAAAAAAAAGAAAGAAAGAAAAAAAUUUGGGACAAGCCAACAUGAAGGAAUACAUGGGGUAUUUAUAGUUUAUUUAAAGAGCACGAUCAUUUGGCACCUUCUGAAAUAGAAUUGGGAAGAAAUUUCUAUUAGUGAUGAUACUCUAUUGUAGAUAGUUUUUAUAAACAUAGUUCAAGGAGAGGGUGAUAUAAACAAAGGUAUUCAUAUUGCUGGUGUGGCACCUACUAUCAGCACUGUUUUGCUUUGGGGGUCAAGAGAUAGUGGCCUCCAGAGAAAUCAAUCAAUGAGGCCCAUGGUAUGGCCUCACCUACAGUAAAUAAAAAGCCCACAUUUUGUUUCAUACAGAAAAUCAGCAACUGGGCUGGGCUUUACUUGUGGCAUAAUCUUUUUCAUUACGCACAAUAAUUUCUGACCUAUCCAUGUAUAAUAGAACAUCCACAGUGAAAGAUAUUUUUAAUUUAAAUCAUAUCAAAAUUCAUAAUAACGACUGUAUGAAUGUGUGUGAGAGUGAGCGAGAGUGUGCGACCUUUCUAGUCCACUAGGAAAUCUGUGAUGGGUUGGCGUUUGAAGGCUAAAUAGUUGGUAUUAAGCAUAUCUGGAAAAGGCAAGUUACUAUUUUGACAAAACUAGAACUCAGGAACAGCUAAAAAAAAUUAGUUCCCCACUUAGAUUUUAAGGAGUAAAAAGGGCUGAGUUAUCCCCUGUAAGUGUUUUCAAGAGAAAUUCACUUGGGAUUGUGACAUUUGGUGGUAUAAUGCCACACGUCCACAGGAGCCUAUGAUCGUCCUUUGCCAAAGGUGGAUGAAUUCUCUUUUUCUUAGCAGCCCAUUCCCCAAAAGGUGUAGUGUUUAUUUUUAGUUAGAAUAGCUAUUCUCUUCUUACACCACGUGGCAAUUCCUUGGAAUCAUGUUUUACACCCCAACUUUGUGUGUCAUUCUCUCGUCUCUGAGCUCUUUGCUUGCCUCCCUGUCCAUGCUUUUCUGGGGCCAGUCUUGUUUGUGCCCUGUUUGGUUUGUCACCUCAUUGACUUGCCCUCAAUGCUUAUUGGCUAUGACCAACAAUGUGAUACAAAGACACUUAAUAUGUCAUUGUAAAAGGCCACCCUUUCUAUUUUGGUUAUUUAAGUAUUUUAGGUGCAACCUGGGAUUAUAUCAGAGUUUCUAAUACAAAUACAAAUGAGGAAUAAUUUUCCUACUGCUUUGUACCAAAUCCCAGAGUCUCUGGAGUUUCUAUUUCAGAUUAUUCAGUCAAAUGAAGAAGAAUUAAUUGCUGUCCGCUUAACCCGUGUUUGUUCAAAUUGAUAGGAUCUUUCUAGAAACUGUAGGAAAAUAAAGCAGAACCAAUUGGGGGAAAUGAAGCACAGGCAUGAGAUUGGGAUGUGUGAUGAGUCUGGAGUAAUCGGGAUUGGUGGUGAUCAGGCCCUGGCUCACAGGAGAUCAUUUAUGCCCUGUGAGCGAGGGAUGAGGGCUGGAGCCCAUGACCUUCAGACCUGGGUGCUGCCCCUGACUGGUGUGGGCAAGGCCUUAUCCUCCCUGUGCCUCACUCUCCUCAUCUGCACAAUGGUGUAUGACAUCUGCCCUCUCUUUCUAGUCGUGCUGUGGGGCUCUGAUGAGAUUUGAGCCUUCACAGGUAGAAGGUGUGGCCCACGGGGGGUCCAGUAGAGCAUGCUCCCUGCCUGAUGAGAUUGGCAGAAGGGGGGAGCUCAUGGUGCAUUCUCUACUACACUGUGCCCAAUGGUGUCACCUUCUGGUGUUGACUCAGAGGUCCUGAGCAGACCCAUUCUCUUGCACAGGCCCCUGACUCUGGUGGGAAUCCCCACACUAAGUAGCCUUACAAAAUCCAGUGCCCUUGGGGCCAACUAUUGUGAAUAAUGUCUCCAAAUACUCAUCAAAAAUGACUUGUUUUCAAUGAUGUUGCAAAGCCAAAGGCCUUUUGGGGGCAGGAGGGGACAAAUUUAGAUUGCAAUGUAUACAAAGACAGCAUGUGUAUUUUGAACAAACUGAAAAUUUUGUAAUAAAAUUUUCCAAAAUU